CCGCCUCAGACUUCCUCCUUCACUUGCUUGGACGCUGCGCCACAUCCCACGGGCCCUUACACUGUGGUGUCCAGCAGCAUCCGGCUUCAUGGGGGGCCUUGAACCCUGCAGCAGGCUCCUGCUCUUGCCUCUCCUGCUGGCUGUAGGUGGUCUCCGUCCUGUCCAGGCCCAGGCCCAGAGCGGUAGGCCUAGACCCAGCGGUCCCCUCUCCCUUCCUCCCAAAGACCUCCCUGCCUCCGUCCCUCCCUCACCCUUUCCAAACCUCCCCGCCCCUGACCCCUCCCCACAGUUCCCAGCGCACACUGACUUCCCCGACCCCUGUGCUGCAGAUUGCAGUUGCUCUACGGUGAGCCCGGGCGUGCUGGCAGGGAUCGUGCUGGGGGACUUGGUGCUGACAGUGCUCAUCGCCCUGGCUGUGUACUUCCUGGGCCGGCUGGUCCCUCGGGGGCGAGGGGCUGCGGAGGCAGCGACCCGGAAACAGCGUAUCACUGAGACGGAGUCGCCUUAUCAGGAGCUCCAGGGUCAGAGGUCGGAUGUCUACAGCGACCUCAACACACAGAGGCCAUAUUACAAAUGAGCCCGAAUCAUGACAGUCAGCAACCUGAUACCUGGAUCCAGCCAUUCCUGAAGCCCACCCCGCACCUCAUUCCAACUCCUACCGUGAUACAGAACCACAGAGUACCGUCCCUGAGAGACCAGACCUCUCCCCAAUACUGCCCUCAAAUAAACAUGAAGCACAAAAA